GUCCAUGCUCCCUGAACUUAUUUUUCCUGUCGCACGCAGACGCAGCUCAUUAAACUAAAAACAUCCAUCAAACAUUACAUUGAACACUAAAAAAAUACCAAGCACAUGACACUUUAUCAUUGUUAACUUUUAUUUAAGCGUUGUUCAACAAUAAUGCUUCAAGUGGUAGCAACCGAUACCCACAACAAUGUCAGCUAAAGGCAAAGAGCCAGCUGCCCAAAAGGAUGCUGCCCCCACGAACCCUAGAGGCAUCCCCUAUGCGCCCUUCGUCGACAAGGUAGAGGACUACAUCACAUCCAGGGAAGAUGUCCAAUCCACGCUUCGGAGCUUCCAGGAAAUGAUCUCAAAAUACCAAUUCAUGGAAUUGAACCUUCAGAGGAGAGUAGCGGGGCUCAAGGACAAGAUGCCCGAUAUUCAAAAGACUCUCGAGACAGUCAGGUUUCUCAAGACACGGACGGAGGAAUCGGACCCGAUCGAGACGACCUUCGAGCUAAACGAUACCUUAUACGCGAAGGCGUCGAUACCGCCUACCGAUGAAGUUUACCUAUGGCUGGGCGCGAAUGUCAUGUUGUCAUAUCCCAUCGACGAAGCAGAGUCGCUUCUCACGGGAAAGCUAUCAGCCGCGAAGCAAAGCUUUGCUAACUGUGAGGAAGACCUGGAAUUCCUCAGAGAACAGAUCACGACUAUGGAGGUCGCCAUAGCACGUGUGUAUAAUUGGGAUAUUGUCCAGAAGAGAAAAGAGAAGGCCGACGAGGAAAGCAAAGGAAAGGGGGCUGAAGACGGCGAGCAACCUAAAGGAUGAAGUAUUACGCAGUCAACAACUUGCCCACCUACCAAGUAGGUAGAUAAAUAGAUAUCUGCGGCUCGUUUGUAUGAGUUGUUUGUGUCGGUAUCGUCUUUCUACCUGAUGAGGCUUUCCAAGCCAUCUGACAAUACCCUAUGGGCUAUCUUAGUACGGUGAAUUCAAAGAAUAAGCCAAUAGAGAAGGUCACGAGUUGCAUGUGGAUUGAACUCGGUCCCAUGUCUGCAGCAUCCGAGCAAUGAUGACGCAAUGUUUAAGGGCUGUGCGCAGAAAAUAGGCUACCUCUUAAUUACCUCUUAAUUACCUCUUAAUUACCUCUUAAUUACCUCUUA